AUGCCGAGACCCAAGGCGUUCUUGAAAGAGUCGAAAUCCAAGAAAAAGAAUGCCGCCAAACAGGUUCCCGUCACAGCCGAUGAUUAUCUUGCAGCCGGGGUUGAGCUGGAAGAAGCAGGCGAGAAAUGGCGGGCGGGAGACGCGGCCAAGUCGAUGCGGUUCUUUAUGAAGGCAAUCGCCAACUAUGAUGAAGGGCUGCAAAAGCACCCGGGUGCCUUUGAUCUCGCCUACAAUAAAGCCCGUGUUCAAUAUGAGAUUACCCAGCAUCCCAAACUGGCCGCACAAUUGCCCGCUCCACAGGCCGAGCUGCUAGAGGUAGCUCUGCAAUCACACAGAGAUGCGUUGUACCUCGAACAAGACAAUGCAGAUGCCCUGUUCAAUAGCGGACAGGUUCUGAACAGCUUGGCCGAAGCGCUGACCGAGUCGAAGCAUCCCGGCGAAGACCAAAUCAUCCAGGCAAGCACCUACUUGCAGGAAGCCGUCGAACUCUUCCAGCGAUGUCUUGCGCUGCAGGAGAUGAAGUUCACCGAGAUGGAGGAGCAAAUGAUGCAGAUGGCAGCGGGAGAGAUGGAUUCUCAAGAACCCGUGUCCGAACCCGCAGUGCCACCAGCCGAGUCGCCGUCUGCUGAAGGGGAGGCAGCGGACGGUGAGCCACAGGAGCAGUGGGCUGCGAUUGUCGAGCCAGUCACGAAGAACACGCUUGUCGACACGGCCGUUGCACAGCUGGACACAUUGACAACGCUGUGUAAUCUGCUCACCUUCAAUCCCGGCGCGGGCGGAGUAGGAUGGGUGCAGGAGUACUCUGCCGAGCUGGUCGAGACUCGAUUGCCAGCUUACGUGGAAGGGUCGGAGAGGCGGUACGAAGCGGCUCUGGCGCGGGGAAAGUUCAUCUGCGCGCUGCACGAUGUACUGUACCGCGGUGGCCACACUGAUGCUCGCACGUAUCAACAGGAAGUCAGUCGAGCUUUCGGGCCCGAUCUGGACCUGUCGAAUGACCCAGAGGGUCUCUGCAGCAAAGCAGAGGCCUUGACUUCGCUGAACGGAGCUCUGGCAGAGAUCCCCCCUACCGAAGAUGACGAGAACUUCAAAUUCAGCACGACGACACGCUGGCAGUCGCUUUCAGCCGCACUGGAUGCGUUGACUGCUGCCUCCAAGCUGCCCAACGCCGACAACUUGCCCAAAAUCCACCUGGCUCGAGGAGAUGCGGAGAUGCAACGCUGGCGACUGGGUCGGGCGCCCUGGGCUCACGCCAUGGCGGCGCAGAACGGACCAACGCUCCUGCGUAAUGCGCAGACCUACUAUCGAGGCGCAGCGGCACUUGCCCGUCGAGACGGGGACGCAGAAUUGCAGCGUGAUGGAACGUGCAAAGAGGCCAUCGCGGCCGCAUUGGAAGGUCAAAGUACCAAGCUGGACCAGAUCAAGACGACAUCCUUUGAUCAGUUGAUGGCAGCGGCCCAGGACAUGGUGGAGGAUGGGAUGGUCGAGCCCACGGAGAUGAGUGCCUUGAUCUCAUGA